AUGUCUAAAUGUCUAAUUGUUUUGACAUGUCCAAAUUAUUCUGAUAUGUCUAAAUGUCUAAUCGUUUUGACAUGUCCAAAUUAUUCUGAUAUGUCUAAAUGUCUAAUUGUUUUGACAUGUCCAAAUUAUUCUGAUAUGUCUAAAUGUCUAAUUGUUUUGACAUGUCUAAAUUAUUCUGAUACGUCUAAAUGUCUAAUUGUUUUGACAUGUCUAAAUUAUUCAGAUGUGUCUAAAUGUCCAAUUGUUUUGACAUGUCUAAAUUAUUCUGACAUGUCUAAAUGUCUAAUCAUUUUGACAUGUUUAAAUAAUUUAGAUAUUGAUCGCGAAGGAAAAAGUAAAGGAAAGCAUACAGCUACAUGUUUAUUUUGUAAUAAAUAUUAUCCAAGAGGUACUCCAAAUGAAUUAGAGUCUCAUUUAGCAACUACAUGUAUUCAAGUUCCUUCUUCACUAAAAGAACAUUAUUUAAGAGUUAUAUCAAACAAAGAUUAUAAAUAUUUAAAUCAUGAUAAAAUACGUGAAUUGAUGUUGUUUGCAAUUGAAUUGUGGGCAGAUAUGGGUCAUGGAAAACAAACUUCAACAAGGCUUGUAAGUCAAAUACAUUUAUAUCAUGAAAAAAAACCACCCUAUGACCUUCCAUAUGAUAAUGCAAUUUCAUCAUAUACAUGGUGGAAUUUACUAUCAAAAUCAGCUGAAAAAUUAUUAGAAAAUGAAGAUAAUGAAGAAAUUGAGAUUGGAAAUGAUGAAAAUAAUGAAGAAAUCGAAGUUGAUGAUGUUGAAAACCAUGCAUGUUUUUUUGAAGCUCUUUCAGUUGACAUAUUUGGAAAUG